AUGGGGAGACAAACAACCGGAACCCCCGAGCCCUGCCGCUACCCGCAGGCGGGCCUGCCCGCCCACUGCCCACGGACGGGCGCCUAUGCGGUGGACGUCGCGGCCUUCGAGGCGCUCGCACUGCCCGCCCUCUCGCCUCCUCCGCCCUCGGCCGCCGCCCGCCGCUCCGUCGUCGUCAUCGACGAGGUUGGUCGGAUGGAGCUGCACUCCGCCGCCUUCCAGGCCGCCGUGACCCGGCUGCUCGCCUCGCCGGCCGAGGCGGUGGUCUUCGGCGCGCUGACCGCGCCCAUCUACGGCCACCGCGUGCCCUUCUGCGACGCGAUCGCGGCGCACGGCCGCGUGAGCGUCGACCGGAUCACGCAAAAGACGCGCGACGCCGUGCGCGAGGCGCUGCAGCGGAGGCUGUUGCGCGAGGUGGGGCUGAGGGAGGAAGGGUAG